CUUCAAGCACGAAAUCAUCGUGACUCCACAACACGAUCGUCACGGGCACUGAUAGAAAACACCACACAAACUUCGAGUCAAUAAAUACUGGGAGGCGCGUUACCAGGGUCACCGCGUCCCUAGCAACCGCUGGAAGCAGCUUACCGUCAGUGCAGCAACGCCUCCAAACUUGUACAGGAUUGGGCCUUGCCACGGAAAAACGUCGCAUUCAUUCUCAUCGCCCAUAUUUUGUGAUCCACCAUGGCCAAGCGGGAGGAGAAGAAAGAGACGGGGGAGGACGUGGAGCUGGAAGGAGCAGAGACGCUCCUUUCUCGUCUCCGCCGGCAGUACCGCAUGAUGGAAAGAAACCGCCGCCAGUACAGAGACGAGGCGACGGUCCUUCUCGGCCGACAACGGAAGAUAUACCGAGACCUGCAGCGUGAGAAGAGCGAACUGGAAGAGCAGCUAGCGGCAAUGUCCACACCACAGAAUGAGACUCGCGACCUGAGGACUGUGAAUAACUUAGCGGCCACGUUGGACAGACAGAGGGAAUAUCAGGAGGCGAUCGACCAAGAGGUGGACAAGGCAAGAAGCUGAAUUUGAGCCAAAAAAGCCUGAAACUUUUUCACACACACACACACACACACACACACACACACACACACACACACA